AUGCCGGUCAAUGUGCAAUCGGAUAUUCUCAAGCAUUUGCAAGAUCAAGUAGAAUGUCGAUUUCAUUUGCUCAACGCACUACUGAAUCAUGGAAGAUUGUUGUUUUAUCAUGUUGAAGAUACAACAAAAGGCUGGCGUCCAGCAAUUUUAACGAAUAUGGCCUUGUUGUCCGAACGUUUAUCAACUAUCGAAGAUCUGCAAAAAUCAAGUCAAACUAAUUUCAAUGCACUACUCGAUAAAACAAACCGGCACGCACAAUCAAUGACGAAAAUUCAUGAAUCACUCAAUAGUCUCGAUCAAAAAAUCAAUGACAGACAGAAAACCACCGAUAAUCAAUUGAAGAAAAUCAGUGACAGACAGAAAACCACCGAUGAUCAAUUGAAGAAAAUCAUUGCGUUGCUCAGCUCCGAUGAAGAAAAAAGAAGCCGAUCGUGUUCUUGUAUUUUAUCCACCCUCACCCUCACCCGGCAAGCAAUUAUUAUACCAAUAAUCGAUGCCGAUAAUGAUGAAGUUCGUUGUCGAUUUGAUAAGGAUUCAGCAGAAUGUACCGGUGUAUGUCCACCAAACUCAUUACCAAACGGAACAUUAAUAUUACUCAAUUGUGCGCUACCUAUCACUGGUAGUGAGUCAUCUGAUUGGUACAUCGUUGCAGUUAUGAUUGAAGAUUUCAUUGAAUCAACUUCAAAAGACACCACUGAGCAAUAUUCCUAUUCAAUUUUUAGUUCAUGUCCAAGCAAUAAUAUGCAAUCGAAUCAAUAUUAUGCUACAUUUACAGUAGCUGAAAAUGAUGUUCCACUAUGUCCUGAACAUUUUUUCGUAGUUAUGAUGAUAAUUCAACUUUGGCAGCGCUGCAAUAAUAUGCAAUCGAAUCAAUAUUAUGCUACAUUUACAGUAGCUGAAAAUGAUGUUCCACUAUGUCCUGAACAUUAUGAUGAUAAUUCAACUUUGGCAGCGCUGGUAACAUCGAGAUCGACUUCACCAUGGUUUUGGAUUGGUCCAAUACUUGCAGUGCUUCUGCUCUGCUGA